AUGAUAAAAAAGGUUAUUUUUCUGCUCUUCUUGGCCUCUGGAUUGACCCUCUCAGUUUCAGAGUCCCAAUCUGUUUCUCUUCUGCCUCAUGCUGCGGAGUCCUUCAAUGUCAGCUAUAUCCAGCUGAAGAACGCGGGGAGUUGUUCUUACUUGGUGGUUAUAUCUACUAGUUGUUCGUCUCCUAAGUAUACAAGGGACCAGAUCAGUAUUGCUUUUGGGGAUGCUUAUGGCAACCAGAUAUAUGUUCCAAGACUGGAUGAUCCAGCUUCAGGUACAUUUGAGAGCUGUUCUUCAGAUACAUUUCAGAUAAAUGGUCCAUGUGCGUAUCAGAUAUGUUAUGUGUACCUAUAUAGACAAGGAUCAGAUGGUUGGAAGCCUGAAAGUGUGAAAAUCAAUAGUUAUAAUGGCAGGCCUGUUACUUUCUAUUACAACACAUAUGUCCCCAGAGAUACUUGGUAUGGAUUUGAUUUGUGCAACGGUGCUUCUUCUUCUUCGUAUCAGGUAUCAAAGCAGAAAUGGCUCAUAUUUAUGAUUCUAGGAUUUGUUCUGAGUUUUUGGUUGUAA